AUGCGCCCUCCCGCCGCAACCCUCGCACGAUGGCGCACACCGUCUCUCUCUCCUCGCCGCACCCUCCUCCGCAGUAACCCGGCGCCGACGCUGGCCGUCCACCAACACGACCACCGCCGUCGGACCCUCCUGACUCUCGCCAUCGAAACUUCGUGCGACGAUACCUGCGUCGCUCUCCUCUCCAAGGACCCCGGCCCCCACGGCCGCGCGACCCUGCACUUCAACCGCAAGAUCACGUGCGAUAGCACAGCCUACGGCGGCGUCUACCCGCCCGUCGCCCUGCGCUCUCAUGACGCGCACCUCGCGCCUCUCGUCGCCGAGGCCCUCGCCUCCCUGCCGCCCGUCGAAGAACACCCCAAAGAUGAUGAUGGUACCCUGGGGUCUGUCGCGAGGGUAACCGCCGCACGAUACGGCGGCGGCGGCGGCGGCGGCACGAUGACAGUCUCGGGCGUUCCACGCCAGAAACCCACCUUUGUGACGGUGACCCGCGGCCCCGGCAUGUCCGCAAACCUCGCCUCCGGCCUCGCGACGGCAAAGGGGCUCGCGACGGCGUGGCAGGUCCCGCUCCUGGCCGUGAACCACAUGCAAGCCCACGCCCUCACCCCGCGCCUCGUCUCCGCCCUCGACCGGCCUACUUCGCCCGCCUCCUCUUCCUCCCCGGACCCAGCCUCGGCCUCGUCCCCCGUAACACCCGAAUACCCCUUCCUCACCCUCCUCGUCUCGGGCGGCCACACCCAGCUCGUCCACUCCCGCUCCCUCACCGACCACCGCAUCCUCGCCACCUCGAUAGACGUUGCCGUCGGCGACGCCCUCGACAAGGCGGCGCGCCACAUCCUGCCCCCGGACGUGCUGGCCUCCCACGGCGACGUCAUGUACGGCGCCCUCCUCGAACGCUUCGCCUUCCCAGAGUCCUUCGCCGCCUCUCCGUCGUCCUCGCAAGGCCACGAUUACGAGUACGCCCCGCCCCUCCGCCGCGUCGACGAAAUCACCACCUACGCAUCCCCCUACUCCUGGUCCCUGACCCCGCCCCUCGCCACCUCCCGCGCUCUGUCCUACGCCUUCGCCGGUCUCGGCAGCCAGAUCCACAAGAUUGCAACCUCGAAGCCCGACGCCGACGCAAUGCCCCUCGAGGAACGCCGAUGCCUCGCCCGCGCCGCCAUGCGUCUCCUGUUCGAACACCUCGCCAGCCGCGUCUUCCUCGCUCUCGCCGCCCAGCCGGAGCUCAGGGACGCCGUCAAGACGCUCGUCGUCAGCGGCGGCGUCGCGAGCAACCGCUUCCUCAUGCACGUCCUGCGCAGGACCCUCGACGUCCGCGGGCUCGGGCACGUCGAGCUCACGGCGCCCCCGCCCGCGCUGUGUACGGACAACGCGGCCAUGAUCGCCUGGACCGGCAUGGAGAUGUACGAGGCCGGCUGGGAGAGCGAGCUCUCUGUGCACCCCGAGCGGAAGUGGUCGAUUGACCCCGCAAGCGACGAGGGCGGGAUCCUCGGCCUCGGCGGCUGGGAUACUCCGGCUGCCGAGGUCGAGCGCCUCCUGGUCCGUCAGGUCGUAGCGGUACUCAGCAUCCAGGACACCGUAGGCGAAGGUCUGACCACUGCCGACGCAGAAAAGGUUGCCGGGAAGGCGAGUGCCGUCCGAAUCGACGUAGUAGAGCGCGGGGCCCUCCUCCUUGGUGACGCCGGCACACAUGGUGCCCAUGCUGAGGCCCAUGCCCUUGUACGAGUAGACGAGGUUGGCGAGGAUCUUGGAGGCGGCGGCGACCGAGAUGCGGCGCUUGUGGCGGAGCUCGUGAAGGCGGCACUGCAUGCCGAGCCAGGCGAGCCAGUACUGGCAGUCGGCAGCGCCGCCGGCCAUGGUGCCCAGGAGUACCGAGUUGAUCUCGAUGACCUUCUUGACUGUUUGCGAGGCGAUCCAGUUUCCGGCUGUGGCACGGGAGUCGGUGGCGACGAUGAUGCCACCCUGGAAGCGGAAGGCGAGGGUCGUUGUGCCGUGGGCGAUCUUGAUGGGGCAGUCGGGGUUGGAGCGGUCGUCUGUUGCUGCGCGGAGCCACGAGGAAGGCUAGAUUGA